CUCCCCGCCCCUCCAGCCCCCCACCCAGCCACCCGCCCGUGACCCGCGCCCAUGGCCGCGCGCACCCGGCACAGUCCCCAGGACUCCGCACCCCGCGCCACCGCCCAGCUCGCAGUUCCGCGCCACCGCGGCCAUUCUCACCUGGCGGCGCCGCCCGCCCACCGCCCGGACCACAGCCCCCGCGCCGCCGACAGCCACAGUGGCCGCGACGACGGUGGGGGACACUGCUGAGUCCAAGAGCGUGCAGCCUGGCCAUCGGACCUACUUAUCUGCCUUGCUGAUUGUCUAUUUUUAUAAGAGUUUACAACUUUUCUAAGAAUUUUUGUAUACAAAGGAACUUUUUAAAAAGACAUCGCCGGUUUAUAUUGAAUCCAAAGAAGAAGGAUCUCGGGCAAUUUGGGGGUUUUGGUUUGGGGUUUUGUUUCUAAAGUUGUUUUUAAUCUUCGUUGACUUUGGGGUUUGGGUGCCCCUCUCUCUUCUUCGGACUCCGGAGGACCUUCUGGGCCCCCACAUUAAUGAGGCAGCCACCUGGCGAGUCUGACAUGGCUGUCAGCGACGCUCUGCUCCCGUCCUUCUCCACGUUCGCGUCCGGCCCGGCGGGAAGGGAGAAGACACUGCGUCCAGCAGGUGCCCCGACUAACCGUUGGCGAGAGGAACUCUCUCACAUGAAGCGACUUCCCCCACUUCCCGGCCGCCCCUACGACCUGGCGGCGACGGUGGCCACAGACCUGGAGAGUGGUGGAGCUGGUGCAGCUUGCAGCAGUAACAACCCGGCCCUCCUACCCCGGAGGGAGACCGAGGAGUUCAACGAUCUCCUGGACCUAGACUUUAUCCUUUCCAACUCGCUAUCCCACCAGGAAUCGGUGGCCGCUACCGUGACCACCUCUGCGUCAGCUUCAUCCUCGUCUUCCCCAGCGAGCAGCGGCCCUGCCAGCGCGCCCUCCACCUGCAGCUUCAGCUAUCCGAUCCGGGCCGGGGGUGACCCGGGCGUGGCUGCGGGCAACACAGGUGGAGGGCUCCUCUACAGCCGAGAAUCUGCGCCACCUCCCACGGCCCCCUUCAACCUGGCGGACAUCAAUGACGUGAGCCCCUCGGGCGGCUUCGUGGCCGAGCUCCUGCGGCCGGAGUUGGACCCAGUAUACAUUCCGCCACAGCAGCCUCAGCCGCCAGGUGGCGGACUGAUGGGCAAGUUUGUGCUGAAGGCGUCUCUGACCACCCCUGGCAGCGAGUACAGCAGCCCUUCGGUCAUCAGUGUUAGCAAAGGAAGCCCAGACGGCAGCCACCCUGUGGUAGUGGCGCCCUAUAGCGGUGGCCCGCCACGCAUGUGCCCCAAGAUUAAGCAAGAGGCGGUCCCAUCCUGCACGGUCAGCCGGUCCCUAGAGGCCCACUUGAGCGCUGGACCCCAGCUCAGCAAUGGCCACCGGCCCAACACACACGACUUCCCCCUGGGGCGGCAGCUCCCCACCAGGACUACCCCUACACUGAGUCCCGAAGAACUGCUGAACAGCAGGGACUGUCACCCUGGCCUGCCUCUUCCCCCAGGAUUCCAUCCCCAUCCGGGGCCCAACUACCCUCCUUUCCUGCCAGACCAGAUGCAGUCACAAGUCCCCUCUCUCCAUUAUCAAGGUCAGUGGGGGGAAGGAAUUGGUAGAGAUGUGGCUGGGGAGCUUUGCUUCUGGGGAGUCUCAAGACUAUCCAGAAUGAACUUGACCCCACUUUCUUUACCCCUAGAGCUCAUGCCACCGGGUUCCUGCCUGCCAGAGGAGCCCAAGCCAAAGAGGGGAAGAAGGUCGUGGCCCCGGAAAAGAACAGCCACCCACACUUGUGACUAUGCAGGCUGUGGCAAAACCUAUACAAAGAGUUCUCAUCUCAAGGCACACCUGCGAACUCACACAGGCGAGAAACCUUACCACUGUGACUGGGACGGCUGUGGGUGGAAAUUCGCCCGCUCAGAUGAACUGACCCGGCACUACCGCAAACACACAGGGCACCGGCCCUUUCAGUGCCAGAAGUGUGACCGGGCCUUUUCCAGGUCGGACCACCUUGCCUUACACAUGAAGAGGCACUUUUAAAUCCCUCACAGUGGAUAUGACCCACACUGCCAGGAGAGAGUUCAGUAUUUUUUUUUUCAACCUUUCACACUGUCUUCCCACGAGGGGAGGAGCCCAGCUGGCAAGCGCUACAAUCAUGGUCAAGUUCCCAGCAAGUCAGCUUGUGAAUGGAUAAUCAGGAGAAAGGAAGAGUCCAAGAGACAAAACAAAAAAUACUAAAAACAAACAAAUAAAAAAAAAAAAAAAAAGGAAAAAAAAUCACAGAACAGAUGGGGUCUGAAACUGGAUCUUCUAUCAUUCCAAUACCAAAUCCAACUUGAACAUGCCCGGACUUACAGAAUGCCAAGGGGUGACUAGAAGUUUGUGGAUAUCAGGGUAUACAUUAAAUCAGUGAGCUUGGGGGGAGGGAAGACCAGAAUUCCCUUGAAUUGUGUUUCGAUGAUGCAAUAUACAUGUAAAGAUCACCUUGUAUGCUCUUUGCCUUCUAAAAAGCCAUUAUUGUGUCAGAGGAAGAGGAAGCAAUUCAGGUACAGAACAUGUUCUAAUAGCCUAAGUGAUGGUGCUUGGUGAGUCGUGGUUCUAAAGGUACCAAACGGGGAGCCAGAGUUCUCCAACUGCUGCAUACUUUGACAAGGAAAAUCCAUUUUUGUCUUCCGAUCUACAUUUAUGACCUAAGUCAGGUAACUAUGCCUGGUUUAUUUCUGUAACAUUUUUAUGCAGACAGUCUGUUAUGCACUGUGGUUUCCGAUGUGCAAUAAUUUGUACAAUGGUUUAUUCCCAAGUAUGCCUUUAAGCAGAACAAAUGUGUUUUUCUAUAUAGUUCCUUGCCUUAAUAAAUAUGUAAUAUAAAUUUAAGCAAACUUCUAUUUUGUAUAUUUGUAAACUACAAAGUAAAAAACUGAACAUUUUGUGGAGUUUGUAUUUUGCAUACUCGAGGUGAGAAAUAAGUUUUAAAUAAACCUAUAAUAUUUUAUCUGAA